GCGGCGGCGGCGGGGCUGCGCUCUCGCCCCGGCCGGGGCUCCCCUCCAUUGUUCCCGGGAGCGGCGGGCACCGCGCCUCCGCCGCCGCCCCGCGGGACUCCGGUGAGUACGGGGAGAGGGAGCGGGGCCGCGCUUUGUGCUCCGCGCGGGGGGAUCGCUCCGGGAUCGCGGCCAUCCGCGGGGGGGGGGGGCGGCCCGACGGGGCCCCUCUGCGGGCAGCGCGGGGCUGUGCGGGGCUGCGGCUGCGGGCACCGUGAGCGCAGGGCUGCGGUACCGGAGGUUCGGAGGGGUUAGGGACACCGGAGCGGUUCGGUGUGUGUGCGGCGGGGUCCGGUUCUGAACCCCGGGGCACCCCGGGCAGCCGCCCGGCGGCACUUCGGAGGCGCGGUGGCUCGGCGCCCGGUUCUCGAGUCGGUGCGCUCUGCUCGGUUCGGUGCCGAGCUCCGGGACCCCCCGCGCUGGGGGUCCGGUGGGAGCCCGGAGCUGCUGCCCGGCCCGCGGCCGCCAAAAGUUGCUGGGCGGGAGCCUGGCGGCUUCCAAAAGAAGAUGGAGAAGGAGCUGGGUUUGUUGCGUUAGGAACUCGAGACGUUGGGGCCUUUCGGUAAAAAUCGGCGGCGGAGGCGAUGGAAACGACCCGGGCUGAGAUCUUUGUCCGUGUUGGCGUGGGAGCUCACAGCGGCCGACGGGGCCCCAUGGAGGGGCGGUUGAGCGCAGUCGCUGAGCAGUAGCCGCAGCAGUGGGAUGUUUACCUGGAGGUGCCUCAUCCUUUGGGCUGUGCUGGUCACAGCCACGCUGUCUGCUGCCAGACCGGCCCCCACGCUGCCCGACCAAGCUCUGCCCAAAGCGAACAUCGAGGUGGAGUCCCACUCGGCGCACCCCGGCGAUCUCCUCCAGCUGCGCUGCCGGCUGCGCGAUGACGUGCAGAGCAUCAACUGGGUGCGUGAUGGAGUGCAGCUGCCCGAGAACAACCGCACGCGCAUCACCGGCGAGGAGGUAGAGGUGCGGGACGCGGUGCCCGAGGACUCGGGGCUCUAUGCCUGCAUGACCAACAGCCCCUCGGGGAGCGAGACCACCUACUUCUCCGUCAACGUCUCAGACGCACUCCCUUCUGCAGAGGAUGAUGAUGAUGAAGAUGAUUCCUCCUCGGAGGAGAAGGAGGCGGAUAACACCAAGCCGAACCAGGCUGUAGCUCCUUACUGGACCUAUCCCGAGAAGAUGGAGAAGAAGCUGCAUGCCGUCCCCGCUGCCAAAACAGUGAAAUUCAAGUGCCCCUCAGGUGGGACGCCCAACCCCACGCUGCGCUGGCUGAAGAACGGCAAGGAGUUCAAGCCUGACCACCGCAUCGGGGGGUACAAGGUCCGCUAUGCCACCUGGAGCAUCAUCAUGGACUCGGUGGUGCCAUCAGAUAAGGGCAACUACACGUGCAUCGUGGAGAACAAAUACGGGAGCAUCAACCACACCUACCAGCUGGAUGUCGUGGAGCGCUCCCCGCAUCGGCCCAUCCUGCAGGCAGGGCUCCCCGCCAACAAAACGGUGGCCCUGGGCAGCAACGUGGAGUUUGUCUGCAAGGUCUACAGCGACCCGCAGCCCCACAUCCAGUGGCUGAAACACAUCGAGGUGAACGGCAGCAAGAUCGGCCCCGACAACUUGCCCUACGUGCAGAUCCUGAAGCACUCGGGAAUUAAUAGCUCUGAUGCGGAGGUGCUGACCCUGUAUAAUGUGACAGAGGCGGAGAGCGGGGAGUAUGUUUGUAAGGUUUCCAAUUAUAUUGGCGAGGCCAACCAGUCUGCGUGGCUCACUGUCACCAGACCUCUGGCAAAAGCUACUGAGCAGUCACCAGCCAUGAUGACGUCCCCCCUCUACCUGGAGAUCAUCAUUUACUGCACCGGCGCCUUCCUCAUCUCCUGCAUGGUGGUGACAGUCAUCAUCUACAAGAUGAAGAGCACCACCAAGAAGACAGACUUCAACAGCCAGCUGGCCGUGCACAAGCUGGCCAAGAGCAUCCCACUGCGCAGACAGGUAACAGUGUCAGCAGAUUCCAGCUCCUCCAUGAACUCGGGUGUGAUGUUGGUGCGGCCCUCACGGCUCUCCUCCAGCGGAACCCCCAUGCUGGCCGGCGUCUCCGAGUAUGAGCUGCCCGAGGACCCGCGCUGGGAGCUGCCACGGGACAGGCUGAUCCUGGGCAAGCCGCUGGGAGAAGGCUGCUUUGGGCAGGUGGUGCUGGCGGAGGCCAUCGGCCUGGACAAGGACAAGCCAAACCGCGUCACCAAAGUGGCUGUAAAGAUGCUCAAGUCCGAUGCCACAGAGAAGGACCUGUCCGACCUCAUCUCCGAGAUGGAGAUGAUGAAGAUGAUCGGCAAGCACAAGAACAUCAUCAACCUGCUGGGUGCCUGCACGCAGGACGGGCCCCUCUAUGUCAUCGUGGAGUACGCCAGCAAAGGCAACCUGCGUGAGUACCUGCAGGCACGGCGCCCACCGGGCAUGGAGUACUGCUACAACCCCACACGCAUCCCCGAGGAGCAGCUCUCCUUCAAGGACCUGGUGUCCUGCGCGUACCAGGUGGCACGCGGCAUGGAGUACCUGGCCUCCAAAAAGUGCAUCCACAGGGACCUGGCGGCCAGGAACGUGCUGGUGACCGAGGACAACGUGAUGAAGAUCGCUGACUUCGGGCUGGCCCGCGACAUCCACCACAUCGAUUACUACAAGAAGACGACAAACGGCCGCUUGCCGGUGAAGUGGAUGGCCCCGGAGGCUCUGUUCGACCGAAUAUACACCCAUCAGAGUGAUGUUUGGUCCUUCGGUGUGCUGCUGUGGGAGAUCUUCACGCUGGGCGGUUCGCCCUACCCCGGCGUGCCCGUGGAGGAGCUCUUCAAGCUGCUGAAGGAAGGCCACAGGAUGGACAAGCCCAGCAACUGCACCAACGAGCUGUACAUGAUGAUGCGCGACUGCUGGCACGCCGUGCCCUCCCAGCGCCCCACCUUCAAGCAGCUGGUGGAGGACCUGGACAGGAUCGUGGCCAUGACCUCCAAUCAGGAGUACCUGGACCUGUCGGUGCCGUUGGAUCAGUACUCGCCCGGCUUCCCGGCCACGCGCAGCUCCACCUGCUCCUCGGGGGAGGACUCGGUGUUCUCCCACGACCCGCUGCCCGACGAGCCCUGCCUGCCGCGCUGCCCCCCGCACAGCCACGGAGCGCUGAAGCGGCACUGAGGCUCCGCACGCAGCUGUGCCCCCCCGGGCACCACCACCGCAGGGAACUGCCCAAAGCUUUCGGCUGCUGUUGGGCUGUUGGUCGGCUCUUUUUUUUUUAUCACCCAUUUAAACCCUUCCCACGAGGUCUGUGCUUGGACAUCCCCACGUGGCGGUGCCGCCGUGUCCCUAUGGGGCCGAUGCGCGCUGUGAGCAUCGCAUCCCAGCGCUGCCCCAACCCACACGUGUGGGGUGUGCAGCACACGGGGCCGCCCCGGGGAUCAGCGCUAGGACAGAAGUCCCGUGUACAUAGCUAAAAUAUGUAUAAAUAUGAAUAUAUAUUUACAUGUCUUUUUAAAAGGGUGGUUACCAGAGCUGUGCCAGGCUGGUAGGGAGGUGCUGGUGGCUGGUAGAUAUCAGUUGCUAUAUAUAAAAAAAAAAAAAGAAAAAAAAAAAAAAGAAAAAAAAAUCCAUAUAUUUUGCUACAUUUGCUGUUUUUAUUUUUUUAAAUUAUGUCCCCAGCCCCGUUUCAGUUUUUAGAUCCCUCGAUAAGAAUUGCUGCUGCUGCUUCAGUUUUAUAUGGGGUUGCAUUAAACCAUAAUAAUAACGUGUCGAUGCCUUUUGGGAGCGCGGUGCCAAUGGCCUUUCCCUCCCCCGGGGGCUGCAGUGGGGCCGGGUGCAGCCCCAGCGCUGGGCACGGAGCUCCGCACCCCGGGGCUGUGCCUUACCCGGACCGCCCCAUAGGGAGGGGGGGGCCGUGGGGUCCGCCGUGUCCCCGCCCCCCCCUUAUCCCCCCCCCAACCCCCCCCCCCCCCCCCCCCCCCGGUCCCUGGCGCUGGGAGCGCAGAGUCAGGGCGCUAUUACUUGAAAAGUUUAUUUUGCCUUUGUAUGGAGAAAUAUUAUUUGUUGUAAACUCUUCUGUAAUGAAUCUGGAAUUCUUGUAAUUAUUAAAGACUUUAACCAAG